AUGCAGACAACAGCUUUUACAAAUCGUACUCGUAAACGAUAUCAUCGUUUUUUACGUUUAUUUCAACGAAAAAAACCAUCAAUAAUUACUUUAACUUAUUCAUAUGAGAAUUUGAUGCGUUUUCCACGACUACCUAUUACAGUCCCACCACUUGUUCCGACAUUAAUGUCAUAUCGAUGGAACGAUGAAGAUGAUUGUGAAUCAGUACCAAAAAAACUUCCACAAGAUAAUCAAUAUCAACAGCAAGCACGUCGACGUAUACCGAAACGUUAUAGUGAUGUUGUUGGUCCAACAACAACUAAAGCUUAUCUUCCACGAAGAGAUUCAGCUACUGGAGAUAAUCAACCGAAUAAUCCGUUAUCUCAACGUGCUCAUCGUCGUACAUCACUAAAACCAAAUAGUACUGAUGGUUUAUAUGUUAUUAAUUCACAUAAUAAAAAAUCUACGGAAAUACUUUCAUCAUUACCAAAACUCGAUAAACAUGAUCAAUCAUGUGUUACACGUCGAUACAGUAGUAAAAAUAAACGUUUAUCAACUUCAAAUGCUGUUGAUCUUCUUGCUCAUCGUAUGCAAGCAGCAAUGAGUACGGAAUUAAUGCAUUCACUUGAUAGAAAUUUUGUAUUUGGUGAUAAAAAACACGCAUCAAAUUGUGUACAUAUGAAUCGUUCAUAUUCAUUUAAUAUUACAACAUCACCAUCGAAUGAUUGGUGGGAAAAACCAUUACAGAAACCAAAUCAUUAUCAUAUAAUUCCUAGAGUAAAACAUUGUUUAGAUGAUGAACGUAAAUCAAUUGAAACUGUUCCUUCCAUUGAUGAACCAACACCAGAUUAUGAUGAUGAUGAAAUUAUUAUUCAAAAGAUUCAUAACGAUAGUAAUGAUGAAAUAGGUGAAGAACCAAUAGCAGAUUAUGAUGAUUCAACAUUAACUCCUGAUUAUCAUGAAAAACCAAUUACACCACCAAUUAUGUAUGAUCUUGGUGUUUCAUCAUCGAUUGAAGUUCCACAAACAUCGAUAACUCCAAAUAGUGAAACAUAUACACAACCAGAUUCAUCUUUUCCACCGACUCCACCACCUUUACCAAAUACAAUAAUUGAAUCAAAGAAUAUUACUGUUCGUUGUCGUACUAUUGCUGAUAAAAUAACGACAGAUCACAAACUUAUUCUAAAAGAUGAAACAGAAACAAAAACUAAUGUCAUCAAUGAAAAGCAAACAGUUCCUGACAUUCAAGAAGAUUCUUCGAAAAAAUCUCAUCAUAAUCAAUCAAAUGUAACAAAACCAUGUUAUUUACAUCUUUCACAAGAGCUUUUACAAAAGACAACUUUACGUAAAGUUUCUCAUCCAGUUUCUCGUUCUUAUUCAACGUAUGGUUCAAUGUCACAUUUAAAUGAACAUGAUACUGAAUCUACAACAUUACGUGGAAAAUUAGCAGGUUUUGAUGAACAAGCUCUCGAUGGUUUAUCAUCAUCAGCAACAACAUCAAUUAUCAUGGAAAAUGAAUAUGAACAUCGAUCAUCAUCAAAAAUUUAUAAUGAUUAUAAACGACGAGCAUCAUCAAUAAAUAUUUCAAGAAAUAAUACAUUAAAUAGUGCACAUAGUCAUUCUUCGUUAAUACAUCCAAUGCAUACACAUAUCGGUUUACGUUCAUCAACAUCAUCAUCAUCAACAAUUGAUAAACCAUCUGAAUUAACUUUAUCAAAUAAACAAAUGAAUGUAUGUGUUAUUAAUCAACUUAAUGAACAUUUAUCAACACGUUUUCGUAAACAACAACAAGAAAUAUGUUCAAGAAAAACUACUAAUACUAUUCAAGAAGAUACAGACGAUCAUCAUACGUAUACUCAGUCACUUGAUGAUAUUACAAAUACUACUCAAGUUAAUCUAUAUGAUGAACCCAAUCAUAAUGAAAUGAUAAAAACAACACCAGUUAAAUGUCCUGAAAUAUCAAUAUCUUCUAUCCCUCCACCUCCUCCACCAUUACCUGUUGGUGGUUUUCGAUCAAUUUUACCUCAGAUAAAUCGUCCAUCAAGUUCUCAACGAACAUCAAUUAUGACAUUAGCACGUGAAUCAAAUGGUUUAGAACUUAUUUCAAGUAAUGGUACAUCAACGACAUCAAGUAAAUUAUCUGAUACACAAAUUCUUCGAGAAUUACGUACAAAUCCAUUAUUUACAAAAGCUAAACAAUAUCUUGAAAUUGAACCUGGUUCAAAUGGUCGACGAUCAGGACGUCGUUUAAAUGAAUCCAUGUCUUAUUUAAGACUAGAUAAAUGUUCAAAAGGUACAACAUCGAUUCCUUCAAAUGAUAAUAAUAAUAAUUCAACUAUGGAAAGAUUUCUAAUGCGUCCAAAUGAAUUAAAUACUGUUAUUAAUAAUAAUACACCUAAACGAACGAAUUCAAGAACAUAUACAAAAUCAUUAUUAGAAACACAACGUCGACAAUCUGAACUUGAACUUAUUUUUCAAAAACGUGCACAACGAAGUGAACAAAAUUUGACAUAA